CUGCGCUUCUAGGCGUGGAAAGUUCCAGAGCGUCCGUUGCACAGCCCUGUGACUGGAAGCUUUUCCAAGCGAGGCCGCGUCCUAGGGACCCUGAAUCGAAGGUCCGAACCCCCAUUGUCACCCUCUGCCCUAUCCCUGCCCUGCUCAGGCUCUGGAGACCGAGAAUGAGCAACAUGCAGCCCGCGGGUGUUGAGGGUCCCCGCGCGCUCGGCCUGCGGCCCCUGGGGCCCUGGCUGUGCCUGCUGGGGAUGCUGCUUCUGGUCCCGCCCCGGUGGGUAACCUGCACCCAGACCACUGCGAACUCCUCCAGCGUUCUGACCACACCGGGGGCCUCCAGGACCAACACCACUCCGGGCACUCCCAAUGCCUCCACCACACCAGGCACAACCAGUGACCCCCGCCUUCGAGAGCAAGCACGGGCCCUGAUGCGAGACUUCCGGCUUGUGGACGGCCAUAACGACCUGCCUCUGCUCCUGAGAGAACGCUUCCAGAACAAGCUGCAGGAUGUGAAUCUGCGCAAUUUUACCCAUGGCCAGACCAGCUUGGAUAGGCUUCGAGAUGGCCUUGUUGGUGCCCAGUUCUGGUCAGCCUACAUCCCAUGCCAGACCCAGGACCGGGAUGCUGUGCGCCUUGCCCUGGAGCAGAUCGACCUCAUUCACCGAAUGUGCGCUGCUUACCCUGAGCUGGAGCUUGUGACCUCAACUAAAGGUCUGAAGAGCACUCAGAAGCUGGCCUGCCUCAUCGGAGUAGAAGGAGGUCACUCACUGGACACCAGCCUCUCGGUGUUGCGCAGUUUCUACCAGCUAGGAGUGCGUUACCUGACACUCACCUUCACCUGCAGCACACCCUGGGCAGAGAGUGCCACCAAGUUGAGACACAACUUCUAUACGAACGUCAGCGGCUUGACAAGCUUUGGCGAGAAAGUAGUAGAAGAAAUGAACCGCCUGGGCAUGAUGAUAGACUUGUCCCAUGCCUCGGACGCCUUAGUGAAGCGGACCCUGGAGGUGUCCCAGGCGCCUGUGAUCUUCUCCCACUCAGCGGCUAGAGCUGUGUGCGACAAUUUGCUGAAUGUCCCUGAUGACAUCCUGCGGCUUCUGAAAAAGAAUGGCGGCAUCGUGAUGGUGACACUGUCCAUGGGGGUGCUCCAGUGCAGCCUGCUUGCUAACGUGUCCACUGUGGCAGAUCAUUUUGAUCACAUCAGGACAGUCAUUGGAUCUGAGUUCAUUGGGAUUGGUGGAAACUAUGAUGGAUCUGGAAGGUUCCCUCAGGGGCUGGAGGACGUGUCUACAUACCCAGUGCUCAUCGAGGAGUUGCUGAGGCGAGGCUGGAGUGAACAGGAGCUGCAAGGUGUCCUUCGAGGAAACCUGCUUCGGGUCUUCGGACAGGUGGAACAGGUGAGAGAGAAGAGCAAGGGGCAGAGCCCUGUGGAGGUCAAGUUUCCAGACAGGCAGCUGAGUAGCACCUGCCACUCCCACCUCCUACCUCAGCCCCAGGAGAAACACCAGAACACAUACUUGAAGGUGACCAAGCGGCCACCUAGUCAGGUCCUUCGGAAGUUCUCCAAAGCCCCCCCAUGUCCCCUUCCAGGCCUCAUAGCGACUGUCACUUCCCUAACCCUCAUCCUUUGGUUUUGGUGAUCUGGCCACAGGUCAGAGUUCUGCUCCCCACUGCCCAGGCCCCAGCUUAUGUUUAGAAUAAAUAUUUGAAACAUUGA